AUGAGCCGACACUUUCAGCAAGAGCACGAAGCCUUCUUUCGUCUAAAACAGCCACGUGAUCACGUCUGUGUUCGCGUAGUACAAGACACGACGAAGGUGGACGGACUAGGCGGCGAAGUAUGGGCUGGUGCGCUUAUCCUUUGCGAGUUUCUAGAAACACACGGCUACGAUGUGGUAGUGGGACGCGACGUCAUCGAGCUUGGUGCAGGCUGUGGUCUUUGUGGUCUCGUGGCUGCGUCGCUGGGUGCAAAAACAUCCGUUUUAACCGAUGAGUUUCCUGACAUGCUGACGAAAAACAUUGCCAAGAACCGCCACAUUUGGGCUGAGAAGGAAGCUGGUGAUGCUCGAGAACCAGUCGCUUCGAGCGCUGAGCUUGAAUGGGGUCUAGCCAAGUCCGUGGCGCCGUUUGCGCACCGUUUCGACACGGUUUUGGGUAGUGAGAUCACGCAGCUAGGAAGAGAUCUACACGUGCCGCUGCUUGAAACGAUUUGCUGCGUCCUCCGACCCAGUGCCAGGUCUGUAGCGCUUCUCUCGAUGGAUCCAUGUCGAGCUGCCUGUGUAGGAGCGUGCGACGUGGAGAAGUGUACAGCUUCGCACUUUGUAUUUGCAGCAAAGCAGAAAGGCUUUGCGGUUUACAAACAUCCACCGGUCCGUCUGGCGACUUGCGAGGCCGUAAACACGUUAGUAGGUGCACUAGGUCGGCCCCUGCACGUCCAAGAGGACGACUGGAGCGUAGUUUUUGAGCUGCGACUGGAAGGUGCAAAUCGAUAG